GUGUCCAAGAUGAUGCAGACCUUGGGCGGCGAGGAAAGCGUCUCCCGGAUCUAUACUGACCCUACCAAGAGGCUGGAGCUGUACUUCCGGCCCAAGGACCCCUACUGCCACCCGGUGUGUGCCAACCGCUUUGGUUCCAGCAGCCUGCUGCUCCGGGUCAGGAGGAAGACGAGGCAGCGGAGGGGGGCCCCAGGGCUUGAGGCUCACCCCGAGGUCACAGUCGACGUGGAGGUCCUUGGCAUUGUCUCCACCGUUUACAAAUUUCAAGGAAUGUCCGACUUCCAGUACCUGGCUGUGCACACGGACGCAGGCGGCGGGCACAUGUCCAUGUAUGACAAGGUUCUCAUGCUCAAGCCUGAGAAGGAGACUUUUUUCCACCAGGAGCUGCCCCUCUACAUCCCCCCACCCAUCUUCUCCAGGCUGGACACCCCAGUGGACUACUUCUAUCGACCAGAGACACAGCACCGGGAAGGCUACAACAACCCCCCCAUCUCAGGCGAGAACCUCAUCGGCCUGAGCCGGGCCCGGCGCCCCCACAACGCCAUCUUCGUCAACUUCGAGGAGGACGAGGUGCCUGCGCAGCCGCUGGACGCUGCGGUCCAGACGUGGAGGAGGGUCUGCACCAACCCCAUCGACCGGAAGGUGGAGGAGGAGCUGCGGAAGCUGUUUGAAAUCCGACCCAUCUGGUCACGUAACGCCGUCAAGGCCAACAUCAGCGUCCACCCUGACAAGCUCAAGGUCUUGCUGCCCUUCAUGGCCUAUUACAUGAUCACUGGCCCCUGGAGAAGCCUGUGGAUUCGAUAUGGGUACGACCCCCGAAAACACCCAGGCGCCAAGAUCUAUCAAGUCCUUGACUUCCGGAUCCGCUGUGGCAUAAAAUACGGCUACGCCUCCAGCGACAUGCCUGUCAAAGCCAAGCGCAGCGCCUACAACUACAGCCUCCCCAUCACCGUCAAAAAGACGCCCAGCCAGCUUGUCACCAUGCACGACCUCAAGCAGGGCCUGGGUCCCUCGGGGACACCCAGUACACGGAAGUUGACCUCCAACAAGUACAAGCUCAAGGACUCGGUCUACGUCUUCCGGGAGGGGGCCCUGCCGCCCUAUCGACAGAUGUUCUACCAGUUAUGCGACUUGCACGUGGACGAGUUGCAGAAGAUCAUUCGCCGCAAUGACGGGGCUGAGAACUCCUGCACGGAGCGGGAUGGCUGGUGCCUCCCCAAGACCAGUGACGACCUGCGGGACGCCAUGUCCCUCAUGAUCCGCCAGACCAUCCGCUCCAAGAGGCCUGCUCUGUUCUCCAGCCCGACCAAGGCUGACGGCGGGAAGGAGCAGCUGACCGGCGAAUCUGGGGAAGAGGAGGAGGAUGAGGAGGAGGAGGAGGAGGACUUCAAGCCGUCGGAGGGGAGUGAGAAUGAGAUGGAGACAGAGAUUCUGGACUACGUGUGAUGCAGCCCUGGGCCCGAGGCUGGGCCUCCCUGACCAGGCCAGAGUUGUGUCUGACCUGAUGAGGGGGCCAGGACGAGCCCGGGCUCCCCACGCUGCCUGCGGGGGCUGGAACGGCGGCCCCUCUGAGGAAAGCUGGGAUCCCAGCAGGCGGGGGCAGCUAACCUUGUCCUUCCUGGGACCUGCUGCUCACGGCUGCCCGCUGGCCCUGGGUGCUUGGGGACAUCCGCGAAGGUGGCGCCCUGGCUUCUCACAGCCCCGAGCCAGCCCAGUGUCCAGUGGGCUGAGCCGGCGCCCAGCACCUCCCUCUGGCUGAGACCAGCUGGAGCUGGAGGUGGAGAUGGUGCGGUAGGGCAGGGGCUGGUUUCGGCUGGGCCUCACGACCGAAGGCAAGUACGGAUGGGGCUGGAAGCCUGGUCCACGGCCACAGGUGACCAAAGAGCCUCCUUGGAUUCAGACCCCAUCCAUUUGGUGUAGCCUGACAGAGGGCAGGCCCAGCGGGAACUGUCAUUAAAUACGUUUUCCCAAGGAG